AUGAGAGAAGGAUGCUCUUUAAAAAUUUGGGUUUCGUGGUGGAUCAUCGCUGAUGAGCGGCGGCGAGGCGGUGGUCACCAUUCUCAGGCGGCGGCGCAUGGCCCUUGUUCUUCAUGUCUGAAGAACAAGGCAGAGGAAGAAGGGAAUGGGAGAGAGCCUUCGGAGAUCCGCGUGCAACCCGACCCAUCAAGAGGGGAUCCGCGUGUUUCUGUUGUUUUAAAGGAAUGCGAUAAUGAAGAAGAAUACAACUUGCCUAUCGAAUUGUUGAGAAUGAUAGAAAAAGAAGAAAAGCAAAUACUGCCACAUGAGGAGGCGAUCGAAAUAUUAAAUUUGGGCACUGAGGAAGAUCGAAAGGAGGUUAAAAUCGGCACAACUCUUUCGACUGAAGCAAGAAAAAACCUGAUAGCCUUACUUCAGGAGUACGAAGAUGUGUUUGCUUGGUCGUAUCAAGACAUGCCGGGACUAGACACAGAUAUGGUAGUUCACAAACUGCCAAUCAAACCAGAAUUCAAACCUGUGCAGCAAAAACUGAGAAGAAUGCGACCAGAAAUGCUCCUUAAGAUCAAGGAAGAAGUCAAGAAGCAAUUUGAUGCCGGUUUUCUCCAAGUGGCCAAAUACCCUGAGUGGGUGGCCAACAUAGUGCCUGUGCCGAAGAAGGACGGGAAAGUACGCAUGUGUGUCGAUUACCGGGACCUUAAUAAGGCCAGUCCCAAGGACAACUUUCCUCUGCCACACAUAGACACUCUGGUGGACAAUACGGCCGGGAACGCCUACUUUUCAUUCAUGGAUGGAUUUUCGGGGUACAAUCAGAUCAAGAUGCAUCCCGAAGACAUGGAGAAGACCACUUUCGUCACAAUGUGGGGAACUUUCUGUUACAAAGUGAUGCCUUUCGGAUUAAAGAAUGCUGGGGCAACAUAUCAGAGAGCUAUGGUUACCUUGUUCCACGACAUGAUGCACCAAGAGAUCGAGGUUUAUGUCGACGACAUGAUCGUCAAGGCACAGACCGAGAAUGAACAUGUCGAGAAUCUGAGAAAGCUCUUCCAAAGAUUGAGGAAAUUCCGGUUACGACUGAACCCUAACAAGUGUACCUUCGGGGUGACAUCCGGGAAACUAUUAGGCUUUAUAGUCAGCAGAAAAGGCAUUGAGGUUGAUCCGGAUAAGGUUAAGGCCAUCCAGAGUCUACCUCCUCCACGAACACAAAAAGAAGUCCGAGGUUUUCUGGGCAGACUAAACUACAUAGCUCGGUUUAUCUCUCAGUUAACCGACAAAUGUGACCCCAUCUUUCGUCUCCUCCGAAAGAAUAGCCCUAGAACAUGGGAUGAAAAUUGUCAAAUUGCAUUUGAGAAGGUAAAAGAGUACUUGUCCCACGCUCCUAUACUGAUGUCCCCUAUCCCAGGAAAACCUCUGUUCUUGUAUCUCUCCAUAUUCGAAAGCUCCAUGGGGUGUGUCCUGGGUCAACAUGACGAGUCUGGGAAGAAGGAAAGAGCCAUCUACUACUUAAGCAAGAAGUUCACCGAUUGCGAGGUCCGAUAUCCUCCUAUUGAGAAGGUCUGUUGUGCCCUGGUAUGGGCUACAAAAAGACUUCGACAAUACAUGUUGUAUCACACCACUUGGCUGAUUUCCAAGUUAGACCCUCUAAAAUACAUGAUGGGUAUACCUGCUCUAUCCGGAAGGUUAGCCCGAUGGCAGAUGCUUUUGUCUGAAUUUGACAUCGAAUACUUGAGCCAAAAAGCCGUAAAAGGCAGUGCCAUAUCUAAUUUUUUGGCAAGCAGAACUGAUGAGAGCUAUGAGCCGCUGGACUUUGAUUUCCCAGACGAGGACUUAAUGGCCAUAUCUUUAGAGGAAGCAAGCAUUUCAACGGACGGUUCCUGGAGAAUGCACUUCGAUGGGGCAUCAAAUGCACUAGGACAUGGCAUCGGGGCAAUUCUAGUCUCCCCAGAAGGGAGUCACUACCCAUUUACCAGCAGACUGAACUUUGAUUGUACCAAUAACAUGGCAGAAUAUGAAGCCUGUGUCUUGGGAAUUCGGGCUGCACUGGGGCAAAAUAUAAAGACUUUGCGGGUGUAUGGAGACUCAGCCUUAGUAAUCUAUCAGCUCCGAGGAGAGUGGGAAACCAAGGAUAUAAAGCUGUUAGAGUACCGAAAACUAGUGUUGGAUCUGCUCGAAGAGUUCGACGAAGUCACCUUCCACUACGUGCCUAGAGAAGAAAAUCAAAUGGCUGACGCUUUAGCUACCUUGGCUGCCACAUUCAAGACUGGCGGGGGGUCUGAAAUGAUGCCAAUUAACAUGCAGUCGUAUGAGUAUCCAGCUCAUUGUUACCAAAUUGAAGAAGUGAAAGAUACUAAGCCUUGGUACUACGACAUUCUGCAGUAUAUCAAGCAUCGGAGUUAUCCAGAAAAAGCCACUGAAACCGAUAAGAGAACCCUUAGAAGGUUGGCAGUUGGAUAUGUCCUUGACAGAGAGGUUUUAUACAAGAAAAGCCAUAACCAAGUUCUGUUAAGGUGCGUCGAUACUGAAGAGGCAAAAAUGAUAGUGGAAGAAGUACAUGAUGGGGUUUGUGGAGCACAUGCAAAUGGACAUAUGAUGUCAAGACAAAUAAUGAGAUGCGGAUAUUUUUGGUCCACACUGGAAAGUGAUUGCAUCAACUAUGCUAGGAGAUGUCAUAAAUGUCAGAUUUAUGGAGACAAGAUAAAUGUUCCACCCCAUCCACUUCAUGUAAUGACGUCACCAUGGCCUUUUUCCGUGUGGGGCAUGGACGUUAUCGGGCAAAUCCAUCCGAAGGCUUCGAAUGGUCACCGUUUCAUUCUCGUAGCAAUUGAUUAUUUCACGAAAUGGGUAGAGGCCGCGUCAUACGCCAGUGUCACUCAAUCCACUAUUUGCAAGUUUCUGAAGAAAGAAAUUAUAUGUCGGUAUGGUAUACCUGAAAGGAUUAUCACCGAUAACGCAACAAACUUGAACAACAAGAUGAUGAGCGCUGCCUGCGAACAGUUCAACAUAAAACAUCACAAUUCCACUGCUUACAGACCAAAGAUGAACGGAGCAGUAGAAGCAGCAAACAAAAAUAUUAAGAAGAUAAUGGAGAAAACAACUGAAACUUACAAAGACUGGCAUGAGAAGUUGCCUUUUGCUUUGUUCGCUUAUCGAACCUCGGUACGAACUUCGACUGGGGCAACUCCAUUCUCACUAGCCUAUGGAAUGGAAGCAGUGCUACCCAUUGAAGUCGAGAUUCCGUCUCUUAGGGUCUUGUCAGAAGUCAAACUGAAUGAUGCAGAAUGGGCACAAUCCAGAUAUGAUCAGCUUAAUCUGAUAGAUGAAAAAAGACUGAAAGCCAUUCAUCAUGGUAGAAUCUAUCAGAAACGAAUGAUCCGAGCACAUGACAAAAAGGUGCGCCCGAGAAUAUUCCGCGAAGGGGAUCUAGUGCUAAAAAGAAUUUGGCCGGUCCAUAAAGAUGUCCGAGGAAAAUGGACGCCAAAUUGGGAAGGACCUUAUGUCGUGAAAAAGGCUUUCUCCGGAGGAGCCCUCGUCCUGGCUGAAAUGGACGGACCUGAACUGCCACAUCCCAUCAACUCGGACGCAGUCAAGAAAUACUUCGCUUAG